AUGAACUGUCAAUAUUUUCUUGUCAUACUUUUGUGGAUAAUCAUAGAAGUUUACAGUUUUGGUGAAAAUGGAUCAGGAAUCAGACAUCUCGAUUUCACAACACCAAGUGCUGUAUAUCCUGUUUAUAAGUCUGCUAAAAGUCAAGGCUUAUUACGUGUACAUAUUUUACGUCGGACGACUACUUUAUCCACAAAUGAAACAACUUCAAUAUCACCAUCAUUCGACGAUCUCCUAGAGAAAUAUCUAGAAAAAAAAGGUAAAGAUAAGUUUGCUAACUGGUAUGGAGAUCGUACCAAUGGUCACAUAAUGAAUUCGAGCUCUUUUCUUGUUUUGUUACUGAUUUUUUUGACUUUUCUAUAUCUCACUAUAUUUAAAUAA